AUGGCUACUGGAUUUCCUCCAUUUCCGAAGUUUGAUGUCUCAGAUCAAAGUUCAAUAGGACAGCGUUGGAAAAAAUGGAUCCAGCGAUUUGAAAAUUUCGUCCUUGCUAUGGGAAUUACUAGGAAUGAUCGCAAAAGGGCAAUACUCUUACACUAUGGAGGAGACGAAGUUUACAACAUCUUUGAUACUCUUGCGGACACAGGAGGGCCAAAUGACUAUGAUGCAGCAAAAACAAAACUGACGGAGCAUUUCAACCCAAAGAAGAACCUUGAAUUCGAAAUAUACAAAUUUAGGCAAGCUAAACAACAAUCAAGUGAAAUAAUGGAUUCCUAUCACACAAGACUCCGACAAUUGGCAGAAAACUGUGAGUUCGAAGAUGUCGAUAGGGAAAUAAAGUCACAAGUUAUUCAAGGAUGUGAGUCAAGUCGUCUGAGACGCAAAGCGCUGCGUGAACCUGACUUAACGCUCCAACAAAUCCUAGAUUCAGCGAGAGCUAUGGAAGUCUCACAACUCCAAGCCUCCGGUAUGGAAGACCAUAAGAGUCAAGAUGUACAUUUAAAUGCUGCAAACAGGAAAGUGAAUUCGUCUAAACAAAGGAAACAAAGAGAACCAACAAAAAAUGGACAUUUUUCAAAGCAGUGUAGGUCUGGCCAGAAACAAGAUACAAGAAAUUUCAACCGCACACCCAAAUCAAAGAAACCUGGUGUAAACAAUUUGGAUAAUGACAGUAGUGAUGAAGAAUAUGCUUUUGGAUUACAACUUAAUGCAACAAAAUCUUUGCCUAUCGCAAAUGUCAAAAUAAAUGGGAUUAAAGUUGACAUGCUGGUGGAUUCCGGAGCAAGUGUUACUGUCAUGGAUGAGUCGACGUUUGAAAGAGUAAGUCGCAAGAAACCAAUUAAAUUGUCAAAAUCAAAUGCUAAAGUUCAUGCUUACGGAAUGAAAGCGGCGUUACCAAUAAGAGGUAAAUUUCGAGCUGAAAUAGAAUCUAAACUCAGGAUUAUCGACACUGAAAUUCUUGUGGUGAAGAGUGCAAGUGGAUGUUUACUUAGCUGCAAUGACGCACAAAAGCUUGGACUCAUUCCGAUUACAAUAAAUGCUGUAGACCAAAAUGAAAAUACUGACCAACCCAGUAUACUAACGAGAUUUGCUGAUCGAUUUGAGGGGAUAGGAAAGCUGAAAGACUUUCAAGUGAAACUUCACAUUGACGAAACAGUGAAGCCCGUUGCGCAACCACAUCGCAGAAUUCCGUUUCACCGACGAAAGAAAUUAGAACAAGAGCUAAAGAAACUGGAAGAAAUGGACAUCAUAGAAAAAGUUGAUGGACCGACUCCGUGGGUGUCACCAAUUCUAGUAGCUCCAAAACCUAAAAAUCCUGACCAAGUGAGAGUUUUCAUCCAACAAACCAUUGAAGGAAUACCUGGAACACGCAAUAUAAGUGAUGAUAUUAUUGUGUAUGGCAAGUCCCAGGAGGAACACGACAGUUCGUUACAGUUGCUCUUAUCUCGACUGCGGGAACGAAAUCUAACGCUCAACAAAGAUAAGUGUGAGUUUAACAAAAGAAAGCUUGAAUUCUUUGGAUUUAUUUUCUCUGAAAAUGGAAUAUCGGCUGACCCCAAGAAAGUUGAGGCAAUCAAACAUGCAGAAAAUCCCAAAAAUGCAUCUGAAAUGCGCAGUUUCCUUGGCAUGGCUAAUUACUGUGCACGAUUCAUCAAGGACUUCGCCACAAUAUCACAACCUCUACGUGAACUGACCAAAAAGAAUCAACGAUGGACAUGGGAAAAGAAACAUGAACAGGCGAUACAGAAUAUCAAGGACGCAUUGACCAGUAGUGCAGUUAUGUCCUAUUUUGUCCCUUCAAAGCGCACAGAAGUCAUUGUCGACGCAAGUCCCGUCGGACUAGGAGCUAUCCUUACUCAAAUUGAUGGAAAUGGCAACCGGAAAGUUAUUUCCUAUGGAAAUCAUAAGCCAUUGGAAUUAAUAUUUGGAAACCCUGCAUCAAAACCACCUGCCAGAAUUGAGAGAUGGGCAUUGAGACUACAGCCGUAUGAUUUCCACAUAAAGUACAAACCUGGAAAGUUCAACCUAAGUGACUAUAUCUCACGUCACCCAAUUCGUCAAGAAAAUGACAAAUCAUUCUCUGUUGAAAAUUGCAUCAAUUUUGUAGUCCAGACAAACAUCCCGAAAUCAAUGACUCUGGAUGAAAUUCAGAAGGCUUCUGACAAAGAUGUACUGAUACGAGAUAUUCGAGAUGCAGUGAGGAGUGGAUCAUGGGUUGUUUUCAAGAAAUCAACAAGACCAGACUGGCAAUCUGUAUAUAAACUGAAGGAUGAAUUGACUGUUUCGCAUACCGGGAUAGUUCUCCGAAAGGACAAACUGUUUGUUCCACACUCACUCAGAAAACACGUUAUAAGUUUAGCACACGAAGGACAUCAAGGUAUCGUAAAAACGAAGUCGUUGCUAAGGGAAAAAGUUUGGUUUCCGGGCAUUGAUAAACAAGUUGAGUCGACACUAAAGAACUGUUUACCUUGCCAAGUUACGACAGAAACAAAACAUCUCGAGCCGUUGAAGAUGUCACCUUUACCAAGUGGACCCUGGACGGAAUUGUCAAUGGAUUUUUGUGGACCAUUUCCCUCGGGAGAUUAUCUCAUGGUAGUUAUGGAUGAGUACUCCAGAUACCCGAUUGUGGAUUUUCUUAAGUCUACGUCAGCAAAAGCUGUUAUUCCUAAGUUAGACAAAAUAUUUGCGGAAUUUGGAAUACCAAAAGUUCUGAAAACUGACAACGGACCUCUGUUUUAA